UUCAAUUCAAUUUAUUCAGGCCCAUAAAGGAAAUUUGUUUUGGGAUUUACAUACAUACAUUUCAUGACAACAUCUCAAAAUACGUGAGUGAAAGACAUGAAACAGUAUGAACGGCAAUGAUAAGGAAAUAGUGCACCAUUACAAAAAUAUAUAUAUACAAACAUAAUAUCAACAAAGAAAAGAAAACUCUCACAUGGCACCAUCUCCUCCCCCGCGCCUACCCAUGCAACAAGAAGGUGAAACAAUGUGUCAGUGUGAAGAGAGAGAAAAAGAGAGAAAAAGAGAGGAGGGGCAAGAAGUGCAGAGAGAACAGACAGGGGAGAUUACCCCGGAGAGAAAGGGAGGCAGCGGGAGGGGGCAAGACAUAGCACUACCUGUAUUGCACACUGCAUUGAAAUAAUUAGAAAUUGCAAAGUAAGGUUCACCAGCGACUUCCAAGCAUUGAUCCCAAGAUACACGAAUAAGCUAUGACCAAGGACCUAUUACAGUAGUAGAAAAAUAAAAGUAAAGUAAAGUAUGACCAUGGACCUAUUAUAGUAGUUUAGUAAUAAAUAAAAGUAAAAGUAAAGUAAAGUAUGAAGAGGUCCAUGGUCACCAUGGACCUCUUACAAUCUUAUGAUUGCAGAUGCUAGCGACACUUGCAUAUCACUGGAAACUGUUUUCCUUCCCAGUUACAUCAAACUUUAUACAUUUUAGAAUAAUUAUUACAGCAAACAUGACUAAUCCAGAGCAGAAGAAGUAAAAGACGGAGAACAAGAGAAAAGAAAAGGAGAAUAAGAAUAAGAAGAAGAUGAAGAAGAAGAAAAAGAAGAAGAAGGAGAAGAAGAGGAGGAAGAAGAAGAAGGGGAGGAAGUAAUAUAUGGGGGCACAUGGAAAAGUACAUACUCAGAACAGUCGUCAGAUAUACGAGUUUCUAUAAGAAAAAAUGUGGGUUGUUUGAUAAACUAUUAAUUGAAAAGAGGCGAUACCCUAAUCGCAAAAGGUACAAAACUAUUAAGAUAGCGAUUUGUCCUACAUCUUGCAGACUGGAGUAUGAAAUUAUAUAAAAGAGUGAAAUGAAGAAGCCAAACACAAUGUGUAGCAGUCUGAUAGGCCCAAAUUUCUAUGGAGUGCCAUUUGUCCGGUAUUUGUCCCCUCUUUUAUUCAAGAACAAAUUAUUCUAAAUCAUGUGAUAAAAAGUAGUUCGAAAUAUUAAUUUUGUUAUGAAACGACGAAAGCAGACGUAGUCUUUGUCCUCGUCAUGUAUGGUUUCGACAUGACGAUAUUACACUCCCUACUUAACAAGUUUAAAGGAGUGAUAUCUAUGAGAUACACGGUCUUGGAGAAGUGUUAUUCAUAUAUGGUUUCUUAAUAAGAACGUAAUCACGCACGCGAGAGCGAUAGAGGAAGAUGACAAUCCAAAUAAGGUGUGAAGAUCACCCACCUUCAGUUAUUACCCCAUUACAUUUAUUUCUACGACUUCAUACAAUGAACAUGAAACUGUAUAUAUUGCGAGAAUCUUAAAUAUUGAUCAUUCAAGUAGACUCGACACUUUUCGGAGAGUAAAACGAAGCCAAAUAUCUCAGAGCACUUCAGGGGUGUUCCUGUAAAGUUUGAAGAGUUCUUGUAUAGCUCCGAUGUUCGUCACAGAAGUUCAGGGGGUUUGACAACCGGGUUCCCAACGAUUAUACCAAAAGUACUGUGAGAACCCAGGCUAUACGGUUACCUUGUUUGACAAGGAUACUCAUUUCCAUUCAGGGUAUCGACUUUGAAAUUUCCCUGUUCUCGCCACUUAAGGCUUUCAAGUUAGUGGAUUUCCUUGCCACGCAACUUGGGUUACGUCAUUUAGUGUUACAAAUUUGGUUAUAGGCCUAAUUACGCCGUUUAGAUGCAGUUUUUGGAACGGGUGGGUAUAAGCCACUUUGGAGAGUGAGCCCUCGGUGUCGAAUUAUAAUCAUCGUUGUCAGUGCACAUAAAUGCUUAGAGAGAUAAAUAGAAAACACGAACAAUGUCUAUCUUGGGGGUUUAAUCGAUGAUGCAUUCAGAAGGCACUUCUUAAGUAUACGCACCGUUGGUUCAACGAGAAAGGAGUCUCCCGAGAUAAUUGAACAAUCAUUUGGUCAUCUAUUGUGUUCGGGAUACAUCUGAUGUCAGGUCGAGCACUGUUUGUAUAUUUGACAACAUAACGGGACUAGUGUAUUUUUACGCGAUCGUAACUUCUUGCACAAGUUUUAAGGUUUGUAAACACCUCGUUGCACGGGGCCGAGUAUUGAACUUGGUCAUUCAGUGCAUUUCAGUUCAUUUUAAACAUGACUAUUGGAUAUUGUUUGAUUGAUUUAUCGAUGACCAAUAAACAAACAGGAGUUGUGUUGCUGCUUUUAAAAUGCAGUUUUUUUUUGUAUAGUCCUACUUCAUUUUAACAGCUUCAAUCCUUGAUAAAUCAUACAGUAAAAACUUGGUACAUGGAAGGAUUUCAAUAUCCGGAACACAAUUGAUCAAGAUGACGACAGAAAACAUAAGAAAUGCUGAACCUGUUGUUGGAGACGAAACACCAGAGAACAAUCCCUCAAGAUGGGCAACGCCGAAAUCCAUUCUUCGAAAGCAAGCAACACGACUGACCAUCAUCGAAGAACCCACUGACAUCGUGUCUAUAGAUGAUAACCAUGAUAACGAGUCAACAGCAUCAACGUCCGAAUCGAACUGCUUUGCUUGCAGCUGCUCCUGGACGGACCUGGACAGUAUUCAGAAGAGAUUCCUGAUUCAAGGAGUGAUGGUGCGAGUCAUUCUUUUGGCCCAUAGUUUCUUCAUCUUCUAUGCUGCAUUGGCACACGUCCAUGUGGCGGCUUACAUCUGUAUUUGCAUCGUGUACGCAGCAAUCUCUACUACCGAGGGAAUAAUCAUGUACAAAAUACGUGGCUUUUCACAGAAGAAAUGGAUCUGCACAUCAACAGCUCUCUAUACGAUGAGCGUGAUUCCUGCCAUCUGGACUAUCCACAUCACGAUGCUUAACAAGAGAGAAAGAGAAGGAUACGAUGCAUGCUUGCAGAAUUACAGCGCAUGUUAUAGCCAUCCAGUCUACGAUCAACAGAUUCAUAAUGACACGACAAUGCCAUUCGUGGCCAAGACAUAUAGGGAGUACGAGCGUCUCACAACGGUAGUAGAAUAUUCCGUAGUCUUUGUACUCAUCUUCUGCCGAUGGCUCCUGCCACGGGACAACUUCACCCGCGAGAAGGUGGCCCAGCUCCUCCUUGUCCUGGUUGGGGCGGGUGAAGACAUCGUCGAGUUCGUUGCCGUCAUCAUCACCAAUGGUCACUUCGGGUGCAGCAGGGCCAUUACGACGAUUGUCCUCCUGCUGUGGAGUAUAGCCGUUUUCCAAUUCAGCAUCGCCAUUCCGGAGAAGAGGAACAGGGUUCAUGAUGAGAAGCGGGAAAACGCCAUUCUUAAUGUAUGGGUAGAUGCUGUCAACCAGCUUCUCUCAAAGCGACGUGAGACUGUCGGUGAUGUAUCCCUUUACGUUGCAAAGAAGGAGGCCAGACCACUCAGUCGGAUGAUGCAACGUCGAAGGACAGCACCCAACAUCCGCCAGAACGACUGGGUCCAAUCGACAGAGUUCAGAGAGGCGAUAAUAUCCAUCACAAUACAGGAUGGACCGUUCUUGGUGUUUCGGCUGAUCAUAAUCGCAAUACUUGGCGAUGAAGCAUCCUCGGUGUACUUCUACGCCUUGAAGAACCUGACGGUUAUCCUACUUCAGAUAUACCGCGUGUACGCCAUGCUAGUGGAAUCUAGGCAACGGAAGCGAGGCAGCCUCUUUGUAGCCAACAACACUGACGGAAAUGACGUGGAGAAUAACAAUAUUGAGAUGGUCGACGGUACCAGUUUGGUAUCCGAAAGUUUGACGAUGAACGAAAAGGCGUUUACGUACGCUGUUGACGAAGAAAUGAAAAGAAAAUUCGGCGACGAUUCAUCGAGUCAGGCAGAUGUUCCUGCCGAAAAUCAGAAAAGCGAUGGGGACAAUCUCAAUGGGAGUCCAGUGAGGGCGCCAAACAGGGUGCCAAUGUCCAGUGAAGCAGAUAUAAGAAUAAGACGACAGAGCAUUCUUUCAAAGUAAUGUUGUAGCAGAAGCUACACAAAUCGUCUCAAUAUAAAUCUUGAUUAAAACUGAUAGACACUAAUGACAUUAAUCAAUAUUUAGUCAGACAUUUCACGAAAUCGACAGAGAAAUAUAUUUAAAAAAUUGUUAUUCUGAUUUGCGUAAUUUUCCUUAAGGUCUCUUUUUUGCAUGGGGCAAGAACUAAGUCUCUGAUAGGAGUUACAACAAUCAAUUUUAAGUCACGUAAUUUAUCCAAACGUCACUGUAUACGAUGCAUGGUGGCCCAUGCUUUCACCGAAUUAUGAUAAAAAAAUUAAUGUAACCUUUUUCUGAUGGGCGAUGAUUUUUUGAAAGCCAGUGUUUGUUUCACCCUAGAAUUUGUAUUCUCUCUCAAUUCAUUUGGUAGUAGAAUAAAAAUAGUUCCAGUAUGUAUUUGUUAUCGUGAAUAAAAUCAACAACUGUUUGAAAAUGCUUGUGCUUAAGUGUAAAAUAUAUUCUUAACAAAACAAGCCUCUUCAUGUGCCUCCGACAUUAAAAGGAAAAUCCAUAAUGAAUGGAUUUCAAUAGACUUUUGAAUAAUAAUAAUGAAAAUCAUUCAUUCAAGCAACGAAUUUUCUAAGACAGACAGCAAGUCUGAAUACUAUCUUUUCUCAAACUCUUUCUAUUACUUUUGUUUAAAUUUCUAGAAAAAAAUAAAUAAAAGAGGGAAGCUCUAUUUUUUUUUUAUAUUCACUUAAUCUUCCCAGUUAUUGCUGAAAAUUUUAUCAUCAGUGAUCCCAUUCCAAAGAAGUCUGGAGCUGUUUUCCCCUUCAAAAAACAGCCUACAACAUGGUUCAACAUAUUAAUGAGCCAACCCAUAACCGUGGCCAUGUUCAAGAUUUGCUCAUGACCCAUAAUGAGAAUACUGUUAACCUUUGUAAUAUUUGUGUUGUAGAAGGUAUAUCUGACCAUUCAGCACUGAUGUGUGAAUUAAGCCUUCCGAAACAAACAAACCAGAAGAAAAUAGUAACAACACGAAAUUUGAAAUCCUUUGACCCCAAAGAGUUUGCAGAUGACACCCAUGUUAAGUCUCUUAUAUCAGGUUGUUUACAUGUAACGGUGUCGAUGAAGAAGUGGAUAUGUAUAAUACCUUACUCAGCUAUGCUCUUAAAAAGUUGGCACCUGAGAAGCAGCCGAAGGUAACAAUUCACCCCAAUACUGAUUGGAACACCCCAGAAAUUACUCAAGAAAAAUUGAUUCGAAGACAAUUAGAAAGACGAUUUAGGUUGGAGAUUCACAAGCAGAUAUAUCAUGACCAAAAGCAACAUGUCAAUACUUUGAUAAAGAAUGCUAAGUUACAAUACCAUUCGAAAAAGAUUGAGGAUUGAAGGAAAAACACACACAAAAAUGUACAAAGUUGCCAAUGAUUUGCUUUACGGGAAACAAAAAUCUCCUUUACCAGAACAUCUCACUCAUGGUGAUCAGGCUGAGCUUGCAAAUUGCUUCGAUCAGUAUUUUGUAGAUAAGAUUCUAACAAUCCGGCAGUGCUUCCAAACUCCUGCCUUACACUCAAAUGACACUGUAAGCGAAAUUAAGUCAGAAUUGAGGGAAUUUCGACCUGUCACUAUCAGUGAGAUGGAAGUAUUUAUCAAAAAUUCUCCAAACAAAUCAUGUGAACUUGACCCAAUCCCAACGGAUUUGGUUAAGAAAUGUUCCACAGUUCUGUUGCCUGUCAUUACUAGAAUAGUAAAUACAAGUCUUAGUUCGGGAGUUGUACCACAGGUCUGUAAAAUAGCUGUCAUCCAUCCGACGCUGAAAAAAUCAGGCUUAGAUCAAGAGUGUUUGAAAAAUUACCGCCCGAUAUCAAACUUGUUUUUUUAAGGUAAACUGCUGGAAAGAGUUGUUUUCUCACAACAAACAUCAUAUUUACAAGAGAAUGAGUUACUUGACCCACAUCAAUCCGCGUACAAGCCUGGUCAUAAUGUAGAAACACUUCUAGUUAACUUAACAGAUACAAUUUAUAGAGAAAUGGAUAAUGGUAACAUUACGGCUCUCAUUAUGCUUGAGUUCAGCAUUUGACACAGUAGAUCACACUCUCCUAAUUGAAAGGCUUAACUCAUUAGGUAUCAAGGGGACUGCCCUUGCUUGGUUCAUAUCCUAUCUAUCAGAACGAUCUCAAUAUGUUAGAAUCGAUAGCUCUAUCUCAGGUUUAACUACUUUGAAGUUUGGUGUACCCCAGGGCUCUGUAGGAGGUCCACUGCUCUAUUCCCUCUAUAUGCAACCAAUCAGCAAGAUAUUUUGUAAACAUGGCAUAAAAUACCAUUGUUAUGCCGAUGACAUAAAACUCUAUUUGUCUUUUCAACCUUCAAUGUCGUCACUGACAUGUCUACAAGACUUAAGACAUGGCUUGUAUCUAAUUGCCUGAAACUGAACGAUGAUAAAUCAAAAUUCUUAAUACUUGGAACGAAGUUUAUGCUUGGGAAAAUUGACUUUCAGUCAUGUCACGUCCAUCUUGGUAACACUUGUAUCACUCCGUCUAAAAUAGCCCGUAGUCUUCGGGUUAUAUUUGAUCAGGAAAUGACUUUUCGCAAUCAUAUCACUCAAGUCCAACAAAAUGUCAGAAAUCAACUUCGUAAUUUGAGUUUCAUCAGAAAAUCACUGUCUAAACCUGCAGCCGAGAUACUUAUCCAUGCAUUGAUUUCCUCCCGUUUAGAUUUUUCAAACUCAUUGUUCUGUAACCUCCCACAAAACUAUUUGACAAAACUUCAACGUCUACAAAACUCUGCUACCCGUCUCCUAACGUACACUAAAAAGUAUGACUCCAUCUCGCCAAUCAUCCAGUCCUUACAUUGGCUGCCUGUUGAUAAACGAAUCACCUUAAAAAUUCUUUUACUAAUACAUCAUUCAAUUUAUACUCUCUUCCCCACAUAUCUCCGCAGCUCUAUCUCAAAAUAUCAGCCUUCACGUAGUCUCCGCUCAUCAUCUGAUGCUCUAUUGCUCCAGACACCCAGAACAAAACACAAAUUGGGGGGACCAUGCAUUCUCUGUUAUAGGACCAAAGCUAUGGAAUCAAUUGCCUAUCCAAUUACGCCAAAUUUCAUCAACAGAAACAUUCAAGUCCCAGUUGAAAACUUAUUUGAUCUCCCAUUAACAGUAUAAUAGUGUUUAUUCAGGAGAAUUCAAAUUCUAUUCUUUUUCGUUUUCUAUUGUUGUUAUGUUUUGUGUUUAUUUUCCUUGAAGCGCCAUGAGCACCGAAAGGUGGACCUGUGCGCUAUAAAAGUAGCCACCAUUAUUAUUAUUAUUAUUAACUGAUUUUAAACAUGAAGAUUUGCAUUAGUAUGUUGCGGGAAGCGAACGAUAUUUUAUUUUACAAAAUACUUGAUUAAUUUGUGGAACACGAUUGAAUAAAAAUAAACAAUGCAAAGUAGUUGGAAAUUUCUUUUUAAUUAUUGGUUAUCAAAGAUUGGUGAAAUUCCUUUAUGUUUUGAAUACAAUAUAUCAACAAAAGAUAUGAAUUUUCUUUGUACAAAAGCAAAUAUACCUAGUUUUUACCAUGAUUUUUUUUGUAGCUGGUCUAAGUUAAGAUAUAUUGGUAUAUUUGGAGUAAAAAACAUUGAAAAUGAAAUCAUUUGGAAUAACAGCAAUAUUACUUUUAAUAAACGUAUGUUGGUAUUUGAGAAAUGGAAGCAUGCAGGUAUAAUUAGAGUUAUUGAUGUUAUAAGAAAUCGUCAGUGGUUAGCACCAAAUAUUUUAAAUAAAUCUGUCUAUUCCUCUCAGCUUUUAUUUGAUUUAGAAUAUGCUAAAUUAAAAAAGUCUUUUCCUGUUUAUUGGUUGAAUAAGUUGUUUAAGGAAAAUUAUCCACUCGAAUUAAAAAAAAGUGAACGAAUCUUAAUUUCAUUAAAAAGUGGAGAACAAAUAACUCUAGAUUAUUUACCAACAAGAAAGAUAUAUUCUUUAUUAUGUUCGGAGGUAUCGGAAGAACCAGGCAUUGUUUCGUUUUGGUCUAAUCUUUUUUCAUUACCAGUUUCCUUUAGUUGGAACCAUGUAUUUUAUUUUAAGUUGCAUUUAAUUGUGGAUAAUAGAAUUAGACAAUUUAGUUUUAAAUUUUUGAACAAGAUUUUACCCUCAAGAUACAAUUUAUUUAAGUGGCAUGUAGUAGAAAACAACUCUUGUAACAUUUGCGGAGAAGUUGAUACCACUUUUCAUUUCAUACUGUAUUGUAAAUAUGUUCGAUUUUUUUUUGGAAAAUUAUAGAAAGGUUGGUAUUUUAUAUUUUCAAGAUUACUAUUUCUAUAGAUGAAAAACAUUAAUCAUAGGUUAUGAUCUGCAAAGUUCCAGCAAUGUUAUGUGUAAUUUAUUUUGUGUUAUUGCUCAAUUUGUUAUUUAUCGAAAUUACAUAAAAAGCAUAUUCAAAGGAAAAAGAUAUGAUGCGAAUUCUUUAAGGAUUGAAUUCAAGCUUACUAUGAUUAUUUAUUUAGAAAGUUUAUGUAAACAAAAAAGCAAGUUCGGAAUUUUGAAAAAAUGUGAUAUUAAAAAAAAUAUUGCAUUAUUGAAGUGAAUUGAUUUUGUUUUUUUUAAUUGUUUGUAUACAUAUGUACAUGUUAUUGUGAAUAACUCCCUCGAUUAAGAGGAU